CAUGGCGGCGGCGGCGGGUGCCCCUCCGCCGGGUCCGCCGCAGCCGCCUCCGCCGCCGCCGCCUGAGGAGUCGUCCGACAGCGAGCCCGAGGCGGAGCCCGGCUCCCCGCAGAAGCUCAUCCGCAAGGUGUCCACGUCGGGCCAGAUCCGCCAGAAGACCGUCAUCAAAGAGGGGAUGCUGACCAAACAGAACAAUUCAUUCCAGCGAUCAAAAAGGAGAUACUUUAAGCUUCGAGGGCGAACGCUGUACUAUGCAAAAACUGCCAAGUCGAUCAUAUUUGAUGAGGUGGACCUGACAGAUGCCAGCGUGGCUGAAUCCAGCACCAAAAAUGUCAACAACAGCUUUACGGUCAUCACUCCAUGUAGGAAACUCAUCCUAUGUGCAGAUAACAGAAAAGAGAUGGAAGACUGGAUCGCAGCGCUGAAGACGGUCCAGAGCAGGGAGCACUUUGAGCCUACCCAGUACAGCAUGGACCACUUCUCAGGGAUGCACAACUGGUACGCCUGCUCCCACGCGAGGCCCACCUACUGCAAUGUGUGCCGAGAGGCUCUGUCUGGGGUCACGUCCCACGGGCUGUCCUGUGAAGUGUGUAAGUUUAAGGCCCACAAACGCUGUGCUGUGCGUGCGACCAGUAACUGCAAGUGGACCACGCUGGCCUCCAUCGGGAAGGACAUCAUCGAGGACGAGGACGGGAUCGCCAUGCCUCACCAGUGGCUGGAGGGGAACCUGCCCGUGAGCGCCAAGUGCACGGUGUGCGACAAGACCUGCGGCAGCGUGCUGCGUCUGCAGGACUGGCGCUGCCUCUGGUGCAAGGCCAUGGUGCACGCGGCGUGUAGAGAGUCCCUCCUGCCCAAGUGCCCGCUGGGCCUGUGCAAGGUGUCGGUCAUCCCGCCCACCGCCCUCAACAGCGUCGAUUCCGAUGGCUUCUGGAAGGCCACGUGUCCCCCAUCCUGCACGAGUCCAUUGCUGGUCUUCGUCAAUUCAAAAAGCGGGGACAACCAGGGUGUGAAGUUCCUCAGAAGAUUCAAGCAGCUGCUGAACCCUGCCCAGGUCUUUGACCUCAUGAAUGGAGGACCACACCUUGGCCUACGCUUAUUCCAGAAGUUUGACACGUUCCGGAUUCUGGUUUGUGGUGGAGAUGGCAGUGUUGGUUGGGUCCUCUCUGAAAUCGACAGCCUCAACCUUCACAAACAGUGUCAGCUGGGAGUGCUGCCCCUCGGUACAGGGAAUGACCUGGCUCGCGUGUUAGGCUGGGGCUCGGCCUGUGACGAUGACACCCAGCUCCCACAGAUCUUGGAGAAGCUGGAAAGAGCCAGCACCAAGAUGCUGGACAGGUGGAGCGUCAUGGCCUACGAGACCAAACUCCCCCGGCCGGCCUCCUCUUCCACUGUCACCGAAGACUUGAGCGAGGGCUCCGAGGUGCAGCAGAUCCUCUUCUAUGAAGACUCCGUCGCAGCCCAUCUCUCUAAGAUCCUGACCUCCGACCAGCACUCGGUGGUGAUCUCAUCAGCCAAAAGCCCCUUCCCGCGUUCCCCCCACAGAGUGCUCUGCGAGACUGUGAAGGACUUCGUGGCUCGGGUGGGGAAGGCCUACGAGAAGACCACCGAGAGCUCGGAGGAGUCGGAGGUCAUGGCCAAGAAGUGCUCUGUCCUGAAAGAGAAGCUGGAUUCUCUCCUCAAGACCCUGGAUGACGAGUCCCAGGCCUCGUCCUCUCUGCCCACGCCGCCCCCCACCAUCGCCGAGGAGGCGGAAGACGGGGAGGGGGCGGGCGGCAGCUGUGGCUCCAGCUCCACCGGGGACCGCGCCGUGGGGUCGGCCUGCCCAGCCCGGCCGCAGAUAUUCCGUCCUCGGGAGCAGCUCAUGCUGAGAGCCAACAGCCUGAAGAAGGCGAUUCGCCAGAUCAUAGAGCACACAGAGAAAGCUGUGGACGAGCAGAACGCCCAGACCCAAGAGCAGGAGGGGUUCAUCUUAGGUCUCUCCGAGUCGGAGGAGAAGAAGGACCUGAAGUCGGACGACAGAGCGUGCCACGGCGAGGGCCACGGCGCUGCCAAGGGCAGGAGCCUCCGCAGAGUGUCCAAAUCCCCGUGUGAAAAGCUGAUAAGCAAAGGAAGCUUGUCCCUGGGCGGUUCUGCCUCCCUUCCUUCGCAGUCAGGAAACCGGGACAGCCUGCCAGCACUGAACACGAAGAUCCUGUUCCCGAAUGUUCGCGCCGGGAUGUCUGGUUCCUUGCCUGGAGGUUCAGUCAUCAGUCGAUUAUUAAUUAAUGCCGAUCCCUUUAACCCCGAACCAGAAAACCUGAAGAACUGCUUAGAGGCUGGCACGCAGGGUUGUUCUAAAUGGCCUGAAACACCCCUUUGCAGAGAGUAUUACACAGAGAAGUGCGUCAUGAACAAUUAUUUUGGCAUCGGCCUGGAUGCGAAGAUCUCCCUGGACUUCAACAACAAGCGUGACGAGCACCCAGAGAAGUGCAGGAGUCGGACCAAGAACAUGAUGUGGUACGGAGUCCUCGGCACCAGAGAGCUGCUGCACAGAACCUACAGGAACCUGGAGCAGAAGGUCCUGCUGGAGUGUGACGGGCGACCCAUCCCGCUGCCCAGCCUCCAGGGAAUUGCUGUCCUCAACAUUCCCAGCUAUGCUGGAGGGACCAACUUCUGGGGGGGCACCAAGGAGGACGACACCUUUGCAGCCCCGUCGUUCGAUGACAAGAUCUUGGAGGUGGUCGCGGUGUUCGGCAGCAUGCAGAUGGCCGUCUCCCGUGUCAUAAAGCUGCAGCAUCACCGAAUCGCGCAGUGUCGCACGGUGAAGAUCUCCAUCCUGGGGGAUGAGGGCGUACCUGUGCAGGUGGACGGAGAGGCCUGGAUCCAGCCGCCAGGGUACAUUCGGAUUAUCCACAAGAACCGGGCACAGACGCUCACCAGGGAUCGGGCCUUUGAGAACACCCUGAAGUCCUGGGAGGACAAGCAGAAAGGUGGGCUGCCCCGCCCUCCGUCUUUCUCUCUGCACCCGGAGAUCCUGUCCGAGGAGGAAGCCAACCAGAUGGACCAGUUUGGGCAGGCAGCGGGGGCCCUCAUCCACAGCAUCCGGGAAAUAGCGCAGUCCCAGCGAGACGUGGAGCAGGAGCUCGCCCACGCCGUCAAUGCCAGCGCCAAGUCCAUGGACCGAGUGUACGGCAAGCCCAGGACCGCAGAGGGGCUGAGCUGCAGUUUCGUGCUGGAGAUGGUGAAUAACGUCAGAGCUCUGCGCAGCGAGACGGAGCUGUUGCUGGCGGGGAAGCUGGCCCUGCAGUUGGAUCCCCCUCAGAAGGAACGGCUCACGGCUGCCCUCGUCGAGAUGGACCAGCAGCUCAGGAAGCUGGCGGACACCCCCUGGCUGUGCCAGCCCGUGGAGCCUGGUGAUGAAGAGAACGUGAUGCUGGAUCUUUCCAAGCGCAGCCGCAGCGGUAAAUUCCGCCUGGUGACCAAGUUUAAGAAGGAGAAGAAUAACAAGAACAGAGAAGCUCGCAGCAGCCUGGGAGCCCCGGUUCACCUCUGGGGCACAGAGGAGGUUGCUGCCUGGCUGGAGCACCUCAGUCUCUGUGAGUAUAAGGACAUCUUCACGCGGCACGACAUCCGGGGCUCAGAGCUCCUGCACCUGGAGCGGAGGGACCUCAAGGUGCCGGCUUAAGGACUUCACACAUCCCAACCCACCUGUUCCUUAGCAAUCCUACGAGGUGGGUAUCUGCAUUUGACAGAUGAGGACCCAGGCUCAGAGAGGUUCACGACUUGUCCCAGCAGCACGUGGCAGGGACGGGAGUCACGGGGCAGCUGGGUACCGGAGAUCACACCUCGAGGGCCGUGCUGGUCCUGUGUCCCAGGCCUGGCACCAACCCCAGCCCACGCUGACAGGUGAGGGAACGGCCUGUCACACGCAGGCAUCCUGGCCUGGGAGCCUGUGGUCCCUCUCACACUGGGAUGGCAACUGUGACCGGCUGCCCAGCCCAGGUGCCGGCCUCGGAGCAGCGUCUGUUGCCAGUUUUGAUCACAAAAGCCUAAUAAGCAGAUUGUAAAACUCGCAGAGGAAAACCCACCAGCUGGGGACCUGAAGGCUUUCUCGCUCGCGCCGUGGAUGGAAGCAGAUCGACCAAAAAGCCUGCUGAGCUGCGCUUUCUGGGGAAGUCAUGUUGCCGGCCGGGACCCACGCUGAGAACAAAAUUGCCUGUGGUCCCAGGUCUCCGGGACGUGUGCACGCAGGAGGAAAGCGUCCUAGCGUGGCCGCCGCCAGGCGCACCCCCGGGGCGGGGCGGGCCUCCGCGGCGCCAGGCAGGGCGGUUGUGCAGCGCCCCUCACCGUGGAGGCCGUGACCGCUCCCGGUGGCCUCGACUUCCAGAAGAGCCGUUGUAUCGUGGUCCCCACCCCCUCGGUAAGCUGGUUCCAAGUCGAAUCAUGUCAUUGAGCUGCUGCUGGCCGAACCGCGAGGCGCUCCAUCCGUCGGGCCCAACCCACACCCCAGGCUGUGGGCAGGAGCCGGUGGGCGCGAGGGCCUGGCCCCUGGGCAGUGGGAGUUGUUGGGGCUGAUGAUUGAUUGAUAGGAAAGUGGGGGCCCCGCAGAGCCCUCCACCCCCGGGACUAGAGCCGCCUUCUCCCCCGGGGGAGAAGCUGCGGGCGCGUCAGUUCCGCUCAAGGCAGCCUGAGCCAGGAUGCAGGCAACGGGCCCCUGGUGGGCGCCGGAGACGUCUCUUCCUUUAACUAGCUUGUGUGUCGCUGUCAUGGCUUCACCCUCCUCUCUGCAGUGCGGUGCCUUCCCAGAACGUACACACACCCACGGUGACCGGUCACGUCUUUUACUGACGGGGCAGGACCGAGCACGGAAGGCGCGGCUGCCGCGUCUCCCGUCCAGCCGGGCUGAGGGGCCCAGGACUCGGCCCUUCACAGCCAAGUCUGUCCCAGAGGGACGCCAACCUCUCCGAGCCAGGAUUCUGGAUUAUCAGGGACUUCUUGGGCCCCGCCUCCCCUUUUUGCCAGGGAAGUGAAGUGUCACAGUUGAGGAGUCAAUAUGUUUUCUGUAACACAAGUACCCCUGCCAGUUCUAUUUUUCUAGAAGGAAAAGAACCAGGCCACUUCCAGUUUCUUCAAAUACAAUUAUUCCCACAAGUCUGAGUUUAUUUAAAACCAAAACACAGUUAUUUCUACAGCAGUACUGAAGUGGUAUUUCUAAACAUAAACCCCAGCGACGUAGCAUCUGAAGUUCGCUUGGGAGAAAGGCCAGGAGAACAUGAAGCAGUCAGCGCACAGAGACGGGAGGUUACAAAUGGAACAGUUUAUUUUUUCUUUAACAAACUCCUCUUACAGCUCUCUCCCUGGAGCCCCACUCCAUCCCCGAACUGGAAGGAAGGAAGGAAAAGAAGGAGGGAAGGAAGGAAGGAAGCAAGCCGACAAGCAGAGACCACCCGAGGCCCCGGCCGCUCACCGUGGACACCGUGCGGCACACCUCGACCCCGGCCUGUCGUGGCAGGUGAUGGCCGGCGAGGCCGCUGGCUUCUCCGAAGCAAGGCUUUUCAGUUAGGACAUUAAUGUGUUAUUCCAGUGGAGUGAAGGGGCACGUCAAGGAGUCCGGUCAGUUAGUUACGGGAAAGGGGACAGAACAGCCUCCACACAGCGGGGCGGUCUGUCAGGGAGCUUACACUUCGGCCUCGUCGCUGCCCGCCAGGUGCGUCCGGGGAGCCCGGACCCCACGUGCGCGUCUCCUGAGACCGAGUUAGUGUUUGAGGCCGGAAGCACUCGCCAAAGUCCAACUUCUUAAAACACGACUGCUUCGAUACAAAUCAGUGCAUAAUUCGCGAGCCAACAACUUAGGCGCGCACACAGAGACCGGAGUUGCUAGUGGUGGUGCCGACACCGUUUGGAAGGCGGGGGGCAGAGGAAGAAGAGCAGGGCCGUCCGUCCCCCCGAGGCACGCUCUGCGGAAGAGCGGCACGGGUGGAGCGACAGUCGCCCCAUUUCCUGAAGCCGGCGGCGCGGGCGGAGGCCUGGCCCACGUUUGUCAUUUCCUUUCCACCCCUUACAUUUAAGAGCUAUUUUAAUAUCGUCAGUGGGAAAAAGGCUGAUGAAAAACAACUGUGAAAUCAAGAAGAUAACCAUACUUAGCAGAACAGUCGCUACAAAGCAUCACCGAGGUAUAAGAAAGUAAAGAAUUUAUUUUAUCUUCUCAGGAAUUCCUGCUUCUGACGGAGUUAGCUUGAGAAGGUGAAUCACCCCGUGUCCUGAAUCACUCAGCUCGGUAAUACAGACGCGACGUAGCUGUCAUAAAUACCACGUACAUCUUUUAAAUGUGACAGCCAGCUAUGCCGCAUUAAGAAGACUCUCGGUUCACAUUUUCCUUUUUCCCAUUUUAAUCGAGGCUCCUCAGGGCUGUCCCCUCAGCCCUUCCCAGGCUUGUCUGCCAUGACCCUGCCCCCCCGUCGGGCUCCCAGAAGGAAGAGGCCCCGGCGAGAACGUUCUGACCACAGGCAGCACGGGUCGGACGCCAGCUGAGGCUGCCCCCUCCCCAGCGGCACCCGACCUCCGAGGAUGCCCCGUCGCUCUCCUCAUGCCGCAGAGAGAGGUAACGCUUCAGAACCACUUCUAACUCAGACCAAAGCGGAAACGUGCCGUUUGGGGACCAGAAAAGAGACUCCUGUUCACGUCACAGCGUGAGCCUGGCCAGCCCAUCGCUGUGAGCCGAGCUGUCAGCGCCUGGGCGGCCACAGAUACCAAAGGAGUCACCUGAACGGCGUGAGAGAGAGGGUGGGGCGGGUGGACUUUAGGGGCAGGUGUGCGGCGGUGAGCCACGUGGCACGUCACCCACGCCUGCAGUUAAUGCAAAACUAGUCAAUUUUUGUAUAAAGAUGGUGGCGGGGCUCACGUGUGGCGCGAGGGCGUCGGCCGGUUGGCACCUGUGGCGCGGCCAGGUCCGUGCCAGCCCGGGGGGCGGGGGACGCGCCACCGAGCGGGUGACGAGCGCGCUCGC